AUGUGUAUGCUAAAUGCUUAUUCUCUCUUUACGAUAUUCACUACUACUACUACUACUCUUCUCUCCCUGCACGUAUAUCCAUCCACCUGUGUAUCUUUUACUUCUUUCGUGUUUGGAGACUCUUUAGUAGAUGCCGGAAAUAAUGACUAUAUCUUCACUCUUUCUAAGGCCGACUCUCCUCCUUACGGCAUUGACUUUGCUCCCUCUGCUGGCAAACCCACUGGAAGGUUCACCAAUGGUCGAACCAUCCCCGACAUAAUAGGUCAAAAUCUAGGAGCCAAGUCAUUUCCUCCACCCUAUCUCGCCCCUACUAACACUACUACCACUACUACUGAUGAUUUGAUUCUCGGAGGAGGCCUUAAUUAUGCUUCAGGAGCUUCUGGAAUCUUAGAAGAGACUGGAUCCUUGUUUAUAGGAAGAGUUCCACUAAGGGAGCAGAUUAACUACUUCGAGCGAAGCAGAAGUUACAUGGUGAGGUUAAUGGGGGAAAAUGGAACCAAGGAAUUCUUAAAGGGAGCAAUGUUCUCUGUGACAAUUGGAUCUAAUGAUGUAUUGAACUAUCUCCAACCUCCCAUACCAUUUCUUAGCAGGGAAGAUAAGGAUAAGGUGUCCCCUACCCUACUCCAACAUUUCUUGGUUUCCAACUUAACCUUACAUCUUAAGCAACUACAUAAAUUGGGGGCUCGAAAAUUUGUGGUCGCCGGCGUGGGGCCUCUGGGAUGCAUACCGUUUGUUCGUGCACUCAGCUUAUUACCAGAAGGGAGAUGCUCAUUCCGGGCCAACAAAUUGAUACAAGGCUAUAAUAAGAGACUGAGGGAAGCACUUCAUCGUUUAAAUCAAGAGAUGGGACCUGAAGCCAUUUUUGUUUAUGCAAAUUCUUAUGACAUUGUUAUGGCAAUCAUACGAAACUACCCACACUACGGUUUUGAGAAUGCGUAUGAUCCAUGUUGUGGUGGAAGCUUCCCACCAUUCAUUUGCUUCAGAGGGAGUAAUGCUGAAAUAAGUUCUUUCUUGUGUGCGGAUCGAUCAAAGUAUGUGUUUUGGGAUGCGUAUCACCCCACUGAAGCUGUUAAUAUCAUUAUUGCAGAAACACUAUUAGACGGAGAUGGAAGUAUGAGUACUCCGGUGAACAUUCGUGAACUCCAAACCUUAUAAUCCCUAACUUCAAUC